GUACUAAGAGAAGGUCAUCCAUUAUGCCUUGUGGAUAGCCAGAGACAUAAGAAAGACCUCGAGGAACUUGGAAAAUUAUGGGGUCAUCUAAAAGAAGGUUAUGGAAAGAUGAUCAAGGUGUAUACUUCGCUGUUGAUAAACAAGUUGGAAUUUCAUAAAAGGAAUCCAAGGUUUCCAGGACACUUGGGAGUUACACCAGAAGAAUUGGAGUCGAUUGCUGGAAAUGAUAUAAAUAAUUAGUGAGUAUCUUUUUAAUAGGUAAGUUUUUAGCAGAUUGAUUUUCAUCGGAGGAGAAUGAAUGAGUAAAUGUAGGAAGGAUGCAUUGAAUGUAAGCUUUUCUGCGCUGUUUGAAGUCAGACCAUGUUCAUAAUUCAAAAAUGAGGGGAGUUUGACUGAACAAUAUUUUUGAAUCAAUCAUUGUGUUUGAAUCGUCAUUUUUUUUAAUAUUUUUCAGAGUACAAUGAAAGAAAAACCAUUAUUAUUACACACAAAUGUACUUACAAACUUUAAUCGUUUUAGUUACAAUACACAAUUUUUUCAAAAUUUCAUUAAAG